AUGAGUGUCUCUAGUAUCGUACGUCCUCGCUUCCUGUACGCAGGGGCAGGCUUGACACUACAAUUCCCUCUCGACCAUUCAUCUGUAUCAAACAUCGACCCUUUACCUCUUGAAAUUCGUUUGCAGGAUGCGUAUUUUGUCGCACCAGCAUCGCACAUUGGUCGCGUCGUCACUGGUCUUGUGUUUGUAGCUGAACAGAGCCCCGUGAGUCGCGCAUUUGCCACGGAUGCUGCUGAGAUCAUUGAUCAUGCUGAUAUGACGCAUCGUUUUGGUCUGACGACCAUUUCUUUUGCUGAUAAAUUAGCAGAACAGGGCUAUAAAGUGCUAGUAUUGGAUUUGUUUCAAGAAGGGAAUGUGGCUUUAACAGAUAGCACGAUACAAAAGCAUGUGGCUAUUAUACAACAGGCAGCACUAUAUCUGAAGCAAAAACAUGAUAUACAACGUGUCGGGCUUUGUGGAGUAGGUGCAGGUGCAGAUCUUGCUAUAAAGGUAGCUAUGGAACAAUCAGCGCCAAUGGAUUGCGUCGUCGCUAUGUGUCCUAAAGGUCUUGUGUCCUGGAAACCAUUCAAAGAAGACCAAAAUGCUGAUGUAUCACAGCCGUCGAUCAUUCCAGUGUUACUGCAAUUGGGAGAGAAAUCAUCCUAUGCUGCAUCCGAAGCUUACCAGACGCUGCUGAGCUCAUGUGCGGGUAGCUCGCAGGCGGUAACAGCGCUCAAGGCGUCGCUGUUUGUGAAUCAGCAGAGUGGAUUCGCAUUCUCCAACAUCACGGAUGAAGAUGCGGCUACGCAGGCAAUUGCAGAAAUUUUGGACUGGUUUCUACAGCACUUGCAUCGCUUUCAGGUCGCUACGGCUACUAGCGAUACUGACCCAUGGUGGCCUCAAGGCCGCAACGGACCUUUCCUCAACGUCGGUCUGCGCACAUGGCAGGAGUCACGUGCGAUAUGGCUUGCUCCCACACAGGCGCGUCCACCACGCCCGCCUCCAGUACCUGCUCAUUUGCUGUUCGACGGAUUGUCGUCUGUGCGCAGGACUUUUGACUUGCCGCAGCGUAUGCGCUUAGGUGAUGUCAUUGAACUUUUUGCUGAGAUUUGGGAUGUGCAACAGUAG